AUGAUAGCUGAGGCCAACUCCACCCAUGAUCGUUUCAAAGCCAUCGAUGAGAUCCUUGAGAACUACGAUAUCAUGGGUGGGAGUACCUCCAUAUCAAUGGGGGAACUCCGUGACCAAGUGGCACAAAUCUACGACAUAUCGUCGCCAGAUUGGAUUUACCACUGGUCUGCCAUUGCGAGAGUGGCCAUCGCUCUCAACCACGCUCAACGCCAAAUUGAAUACGGCAUGGUGGACGAGCUUCCCGAAAACGCAGACCCUUGGGCUAGUAAACCCUACGUUCUCAGUAGGAAAGCCAAACCAGCUAACGACACCAAACACUACCGGCCUCCUUGUGGAUUCAUUGGCAAACGCCUUCCAGCGGGAUUCAAAACAUCCGAUCCAAACCAAAACUUGGAGGAUCUAUCCAUGUUUCCGGCUGGAAGCGCUCACCUCGAAUCCAAACCUACAGCGUCGACCCCACCUCCACCUCCACACCGCCGUCGUAUUUCAUCUCAAUCAAAAAGCGAGGAGCCACAAGAAGUCAAGAUUCCCCUUUCUCUACGCGUAUCCUCACCUCGACAGCUGACAGCUAGCGGCUCCAAUGUCAAACUACAGGCCGCUCAGCCAGGCGGCAGCCUGGCCGACAGAAUUGCACCCAUCUCAGCAAACAAAGUUGCAGCAAAACGGCCAGCUCGUCCAAUUUUCAAGGAAGAGAAACGAAGAAAGCACGACUCCCCUCCUUUGUUGUCAUCUUCAUCCGAUUCUUCAUCGGAAAAAGAUUAUAAUCCGCCACCAGCACCAGCUGACUCUGGAUCCGAAGGGGAUGAUGAUGAUGAGGUCCCGUUUUUGGCCCAUAAUCAACACCUCUCCCCGGAGGCAUUUUCUCCUCUAUCUCGUCAAAUACAAAAGAUCACAAUUAAAUAUAAAUCAAACAUUAAAAAAUAUGUCUCUCUUUUCAACUCAUGCAGUAACAAACCGGCUAAUUGGCACAACUGCCUCACCAAGGAUCUCCUUGAGUACAAUCUUGUUGACUUGCGAAAACUGUACGGCGAGGUAUCCUCGACGGGACCAUCCGAAGCCUUCCUUAAAGUCAGUGACGCCGGCAAACUCAAAAGCGUCGACGGCGCGCCCCCCAAAGAAAUCACAAAUAGUGACCACUGGAAGGACCUCCUGUCUGUCGCACGCCAUGCCUAUAUCGCGGCUUUCCCCCCAGCAGCGCUGUCAAUCAAAAAAUAUUUCGAAUAUAUUUUUGGCCUUCCAGGCCUCUUUCAAGCCAAAGUUAACUGGGAAGACGUCCGCGACUUUGACGUCGAGAUGCGCAAAGAGUUUGCCUCCAGACCAUGGCUCGUGUGGGGCGAUUACGCCCACGACAGCCUCCGCGGAAUCAAUAACCGGGUGCUGUACAGUGCUGCUAGCAGAUUUUCUCACGCACAACGUACUCCCCAGACUUCCCUUCCCAUGCGCGUCGCCGACCAACCUGCUUACCAAACGCCUCUCUCACCGAAGCCAUCCAAGUCAACUCAGCCAAAGAAGGUCAGAGGCCGACAAAACAAACCAAACUACACCAUCAAAAGCGGCAAAGGGUUGGAUUUGGCUGAUCAAAUCUGUAACAAUUGGAACCUUGGCGUUUGUCCCCACACAGACGCUGAGUGCGACCGAAUCCACAACAUGUGCAACAAAGCUGGAUGCAAUGUUGCUCAUCAAGGAGGCAGCGCUCACAAAUGA